UUGAAACGUGACGAUCCGCCUCUGGUUGGUUGGUUAGGUGUUUUGAGGUGGGUGGGCGCACGUGCGCUGUUAUCGUCCGUCUUUGUCUAAUCAAUGUAAAAUUUGAGAUAGCGCUAGGUGAGAAGGUCGUAGCGCAGUGCGCAAAGCAACAUGUGGUAUUUUUUCUGUCAUAUUGAUCUGUCAAGUUGUCAGUGUCAAGUGCUGCGGGUUUUUAAAUAGUUGUGGACACCGUCAACUGCUGGUGUUUCGGUAAAAUCUCCAGGUGUCUUGGUGCGAACUUGGCGUUGAUCUGCAAAAUCGCAAUUGCGCGUUGUGUGAGUCCUUAUGGCGCAGAAUUAGGAGCGUGUGGUGGCAGCUGAGCGCUCCCGAUAUUGACUUUUCGCGACCACCCCGUGGGUUGGUGAGACCGGCGAGUGCAGGAUAACGUGGGGACGCUCGCACGCGUAUCCUGCUGGAGUUCCAGGCACAAGGCGCAUUGCCAAAGGUCCGUACCUCGCGGAGCGGUUCGUGCAAGAGUCCGUCGAUAGUCGAUACUUUUGCUGCAGAAUGGUGUGAUCCCCCUGCAGACGGCGCGAUCUUGAUUGGACUCUCACUAGGACACUGCACCCUCUCCACGGUGCCAUGAAACGCGACAAAGACCCAGACCGACGAGACGUCAUGAAGAAGUUCACGUUUAAAGGCGUUCUGGAGAACUUCCGCACCUCCGUGGCGCAGCAAGUCAAGCCCGACCAGGAAAUCCAAGAGACUUUGCGGCCAGAAAACUUCCAAGUCAAGAGGACGUUCCGCCAUGGCUUCCCUUUUCAACCCACGGCGAUGGCGUACGACCCUGUGCAGCGAUUACUGGCGAUCGGUUCAAAAUGUGGCUCCCUCAGGAUACUCGGCCAACCAGGCGUCGACAUUCACGUCCGACACGACAUCGAUGGUUCUCCAGGGUCUUCAGCCGUCCUUCAUUUGCAGUUUCUUGUUAAUGAGGGCGCUUUAGUUUCCGCAACGGCAGAUGACUCGCUACACCUCUGGAAUUUCAGGCAGAAAGUUCCGCAGAUUGUUCAGAGUCUCAAGUUUCAAAAGGAAAAGAUUACCUGCAUGCAUCUACCAUUACAAUCUAAAUGGCUUUACGUGGGAACUGAACGUGGCAAUGUCCAUGUGGUCCACAUAGAAACCUUCGCUUUGUCGGGAUACGUCAUUAACUGGAACAAAGCGAUAGAAGUUUCUCGAAAGACUCAUCCCGGCGCUCUAGUCCAUUUAAGUGAUAACCCUUUAGAUGCUAGUAAGUUAUUGAUAGGCUAUGAAAGCGGUCAGGUUGUUCUUUGGGAUUUGAGGAACAAAUCGGCUGAAAUGCGAUGGCAAACUGCCGAAUUAAAAAGUGUAGCGUGGCACCAUGAAGGCAAACAGUUCAUGUGCUCGCAUGCCGAUGGAACAUUAACGACAUGGAGUAUUAAAGAUAGGACGAAAUAUCUUUGUAUAUCGCAGCCGCAUGCGAAACUUAACAAAGAUGGCAAGGCGGAACAAUGUAAACCCAUAAAUAAGGUUGAAUGGAAGUCAUCAAGGACGGGAGAAGCAUAUGUGAUAUUUUCGGGUGGAAUGCCUUACGACCAAGCCGGCAGGACACCUAGCAUAACUGUUGUACAUAAUAAAACUACCACUGUGUUAGAAAUGGAAAGUAACGUUAUUGAUUUUAUUACUUUGUGCGAAUCUUUCUAUAGUAGCGAACUGCAGGAACCUUACGCAAUAAUAGCUUUACUACAGAACGACUUAGUAGUGAUGGAUUUACAGACGGCUGGGUUUCCCUGUUUAGAGAAUCCGUAUCCCAUGGAUAUUCAUGAAUCUCCCGUGACGUGUUGCAGUUACUUAGCGGAUUGUCCUGCCGAUCUAAUCCCGGCGUUUUACUACGUCGGGAGGGCGAGCGGGAAUAAAAGACAAGGUUUCUCCGAGAUGGACUGGCCUGUUAGCGGCGGCUCCUGGUCGGCGCAGUCUUGCAGCUACAGCGAAAUUAUCCUCACAGGGCACGCCGACGGCAGCAUAAAGUUUUGGGAUGCCAGCGCCGGCACGCUCCAGGUCCUGUACAAGCUGAAAACGGCGAAAAUUUUCGAGAAACAGCGCGCGCGGUCGUUGGAUAAGGAGGAGGACCCGUUUGCCAUCGAAAUAAUUUCGCUGUGUCCCGAGUCGAGGAAGCUCUGCGUCGCCGGAGCGUCGAGUCAUGUGAUUUUGUUCACGUAUAAGAAGUCGGAGAGUAACGACGAAGUUACUGUGUUGGAGAUUCCUAUAGUUUACGAAGUUCCUGAGGAAGGGGAAAUUUCGCCGGAUUGCCAAUUUUCCGGACCCGGAUCAGCGGGAUCGGAUAUGUUGGAUUUCGACAAUAAAAAAGUAUUAAAAGGGUUUGAGGCGAUUAGGUGGGUUGACGACUCUGAAUUACAGGAUACACCGACGCUUAAGGUUCGUGCUGGUAUCCAAAAGAAACUUCCCGGUUUUCAAGCACAAUUAGUUUGUUUAACCCCUUGGAACAAUGGAGAACCUCCGAGCCAUAUUACUGCUCUUACUAUAAAUAGUUCAUACGGACUGAUGGCUUAUGGUAACGAAGCGGGAAUUGUGAUAAUAGAUAUAGAACAGAAAGUUUGCCUUUUAAACGUGGGCAGUCCCGACCUGUACGGUGCCCAAGACCCAUACUCCAGAGUCCCGAGGAGUCCGAAGCGCGGGGGAACGGCCAGCGACAUCCUUCCGGUAAACAUGGACGACAGACAGCCCCGUAGCCCUAGCAUAGACCAGAUGGGAAGAUCCCCGGAAAGUCCUUAUUCCUUGUGCCCCUACCCCACCCCUGUCGAACAAGCUUCCGAGGCCCUAGAGGAGGACAAAGCCGUCCCGAUACCCCAAGCCGCCACGCGACGCAAGUCCUCCACUUGGAAGGGUCUUAAGAGACAGCUAUCCAGAGUGGAUAUUAAGAUUAAGAACCCGUUGAAAGAGAAAAGGAACUCGAUCUUUUACUCGGACGUUUCGCCCGAUCCUGACAAUCUAGACGAUAUUAAAUCGUCGCCGGAAUCCGAUGAAAAUACGGUCAUCGACAAUCAGAGCGUUAUUGAUUUGACGUUAACUCUUGGUAAAGAGGACCAAAAGGAAGUAUACGAGGAGUUUCCAGCCGAAAUACAGUUCUCGCCGGGGGAGGACAGCGACACGCCUUUCGUGGUGGGCUCGCUCGGGACCCAGUACGAAAUGGGGAAUAGUCGAAAAAUCGGGUUUGCUCUGCGGCCUGAUAAUUUGGAGCUGGUGGACGAAGACGGAUGUCCGGUGCGGCCACCACGCCACGUAAAGAAAAAGAUCGCUGAUAAGAGAGACCAAAGACUGUUAUCUGUACCAAAUAUCAAAUUUCAGAAACCAGAGGUUCAGUCUCUCAAAGAUCUAAGAGACAGGGAGGAGAGCGUUGUCAGCCCGCAGCCGUCGUUUACCGGAAGUCUGAUGAGGCGUUUCAGCCGCGUAGACAAGCUGGAUAGUUCGUUUUCAAGAUCCCGGUCAAGUUCAAUGAGCUCUCUGGAAAACAUCACCUCCGAAGCAAUACAGUGUCUGAUUUUUGCCGACUCUUUUGCGAAAAAAACAGAGCCCACAUCACUUAUACCAACCCUAUGGGUCGGCACAAGUCUCGGAUCUGUGCUCACUAUCCUGAUAACUCCGCCGGAUCCGGACAGCAGAUCAUCGCAGCCUGUCGUCGUUUCGCUCGUUGGCGUUACGAUUUUUCGGCUGAAAGGCGCGAUCUUGUCCAUGUCGUUUCUCGACUGCAACGGCUCUCUCAUACCGAACGCCUACGAGUCCUGGAGGGACGACAACAGGGACAAACGAGAGAAAACCCCAACCAAAUGCCAGAACCGCAUGAGUCCGACGCUGAGCGAUCAGCAAAACAGAGGCGACUCGUUCAGCGACAGGCAGUACGUUGUGAUAGUGAGCGAAAAACAGGCGAGGGUUGUGGCCCUGCCGUCACAAACAUGUGUGUACCGCCAGCAAUUGACCGAUGCCGAUUUUGUCGUAAAAGCCGAAGUAAUUUCGCUGAAAGACAGUGUUUGCUUGCUGGGCUACAUUUCGAACGGCCAUCUCGUAGCCUACAGUCUGCCAAGUUUGCGACCUUUAAUCGAUAUCGAUUUUCUGCCUUUAUCCGAACUUAGUUUCCAGACACAAUCUAACAAAGGCAUUGUAGACCCAAUGUUAUCCAUUUGGGGACAACAACUCAUUGUUAACGAGGAUACUGACCAAAUCGCUCGAACGUUCUGCUUCAGUAAUAGAGGACAUGGUUUAUACUUGGCUUCACCGUCUGAAAUACAAAAAUUCACACUGUGUACGGAAUUCUGCUCAAACUUGUCGGAAAUGAUGGGAGAGCUGUUCUUGCCAUUAGAUAUGCCCGAGCCGCCGAAAGAGGGCUUCUUCAAGGGCCUGUUCGGGGGCGGGAUUCGCAGUUUAGACCGCGAGGAAUUAUUCGGAGAAUCAAGCGGCAAGGCGAACAAGUCCAUCGCGAAGCACAUCCCGGGGAGCCUGCAAGAGAUGGGCACUCGUGUGACAAGUGCAACGGGCGAAGUCAACCGGGCCCACAAACUGAUGAUCGAACGAGGCGAGAAACUGAGCCAGCUUGAGGACCGAGCCGAGAAAAUGCGCAGCGAAGCGGAGAACUUCCAGGCGUCGGCCCACGAUCUCAUGCUCAAGUACAAAGACAAGAAAUGGUACCAAUUGUGAAGUGUUUACAUGUUUCUUGUACAGUUUUCCGUUCUAGACUAGUCCUAUAGUCAAUAGACGCGGCGGCAAGUGGCAAUUGAUCAAAGGGUGUGAAGGAGGUGCAUUUUUAACGGGUCUUUGGUUGAUUGCCACUGGCUGGCGCGAGUCGUGCUAUAAAUUCUUAAACUUAACGCGAAUUGUGAUAUUCUAUUCUGCCUGAGGAUAGAUUUAACUUGUAUUAUCAUUCAAUACUGUUUAAAAGAGCACAUGGUUUUCGCACCCAGGAUAAUUCAUUACAUUGUAUGUAACUUGGAAAUGUGUUAUUGUAGAUUUUUAAUGAAGUGUAGCAAAUUUGUACCUUUGCUACUUUAUUAUAUUUUAAGAACGUUUUAAAAGGGCUGGGCUGCCGGAAAUGCGCCGGUUUCGCAGCACUUUUCUCCUGUUCCAAAUUACAAAGCCAGUUAUUUGAGGUUCAUAGAAACAAGUCACAUAUCUAUCGUAGUGGAAACGUAGACAAACAUAUUUUUGGAGGGCUAUUUAGGUGUUAGAAUAAGCGUUUCAAUUUUUUCAUUUGUGAAACCGCUGCGUUUCCUGGUGGUUGAGCCCCCUUUGAAUAAAUCUAAGUCAUAUAUAUUCAGACCGUAGAAUAGACUUGAAGACUACAAUUGUUUGCUUUCGUUGAUUUUUGUACGUUUAUAUUUGAUUUUCCUAGUCAGUUAUCUCGUUGCAAUUGUUCUUUGGAUUUAUUAAACACUUGUAUAUACAUAGUUAGGCGCAAGUAGUCAAUGUAAAUAUGUAUACCUACCGAAAUUGUUUCUUUCACCUGUUAAAAAUGUUAGGUAUUUGGAAGACAAUAAGCUGUACGUUUCCUUGUCUUUUUCAUUCUUCAGUUUGUUUAAAUCGUUUCAAAUCGGCGUCAGGACGUGUCGCUCGGUAAAUUUUUAUUUUUGAUUAGACUGAACGGCAAGUGCUGACGUUAAUUUGACUGUGUGCUUCUUACCUUUUGUAAAUUAUUUCAUGUCUUCCUACUUCUCCAUUUAAUAAUGAUAAUGCCAAAUGUACCUAUAAUCUCACAAAAUCAAAUAAGAGAUGUGACAUAUAUGUUUGUAGAUGGUAGAAUGGUUGUUGCCAUAGAACAUUCGGUUAGUGAAAAAUCUUGUACUAUCUGUAUUUUGUACAGAUUGCGCUGGGUCCCGCGUGGGCCUCCAGACCUUCGGGAAAACUUUUAUAAUAUCGCUGAAAAUUAUUUUCACAAGUCCAGGCCCAUCUCAAUCUGCUAUGUAGCUAGGUUCAUUUUGAUUUGAGCAAGAACACGCUAGAUUAGGCGAAUUGUUUCCAUUUCUAUAUAUUUUAUUUAAUGUUAUCUUUUCAUAUAUUCUAUUCGGAACGGGAACAAUUGUUAAUAUCACGCGACCUUGUCGGCACAAUGAUGGAGCGUAUCGGAAGAAAUGAUCUUCAACUUCAAUCUCUUCAUUUCCAUUCCAUUGGAUUUAUUCUAAAUUGUUAAAACGCUAUUUAGUGACACAAAAAUUAUAUUAUUGUUCUAUAAAUAAAGGAAGGUUUGUUUUUAA